AUGUCUGUCAACAUCAUUGCUGGCCCGGUAGCGGGUGUUGUUACUUGCUUAAUGUUCUACCCAUUUGACACGAUCAAGACGCGUCUUCAGUCUCCCGAAUAUCGUCGAGCGGCCCAGGCGGGAGUCCAGCGGAUACGGCUUCAGGGAUUGUACCAGGGAAUCGGGCCAAUUGUUCUAGUAACAUUACCAGCAUCGGCCGCCUUCUUCACAUCCUACCAAAAGAGCAAAGAGCUGCUCCGGAAAGCAUUACCCUCGCUCCCGAGCCCCAUAAUAAAUUGCGCCGGCUCCUCGAUCGCAGAAAUGAUCGCCUCGGCCGUCGCCACGCCUGCCGAGGUCAUAAAACAAAACGCACAAAUCCUCUCCGGCGGAGGCACCAGUACCAGUCUCCAAGCGCUACGAUUAAUCGGGCGGAAUCCCCGAGAUCUCUGGCGAGGGUAUACCCUCCUCGCAGGCCGCAACCUCCCCUUCAUUGCGAUCCAAUUCCCAAUAUACGAAGAGCUGAAGGUGCUGCUAGGCUCAGGGAGCGCGAAAGGCGACCUGUGGGAGACGGGGAAAGUCACUGGGUUGGCUGCGAUGGCAUCUGGUGGUGUCGCGGCGUGUCUGACGACGCCAAUUGAUGUCGUGAAGACGAGGGUGAUGUUAACGGCUGGGAAUUUGGGCAGGAGGAUCGGUGCCGUGGAGACGUUUAAGGACGUGUGGAAGACGGAGGGCGUGCGAGGAGUGUUUAGAGGAGGGGCGUUGAGGACUGUAUGGACAUCAAUAGGGAGUGGGGUGUACCUGGCCCUUUAUGAGAGCUUGAUUUCUUAUGGGGGGGAUAGAAAGGCGUUGGAUGUUGACAUUUAG